AUGCCCAAACGCACAAUUUAUAUGUGGCUAGUUUUCCUCGUUCUCUUUUUGGAGCUAGCCAAAUGUGGGAUUCCAGGUUUACACAAAUGGGUUAUAAAUAAUUUCCCUAGUUGUGUAAAGAUUGUGGAUAGGAAUAAAUUAAUUGAUUGGAACUGCAUAGGAAAAUUAGAGAAAGCAAAAGGAAAACAUAAAAAGAAUCAUAAUGAUGGCGACGGUGAUGAUAAAAAUUAUAAUGAUGGUUGUGAGAUAAACAGGAAUAAUAAACAUAAAGAUAACACGUAUGAUAAUAAUAUGAAUAAUACAUAUAAAAAAUAUGAUAUAGGUGAUGAUAAAGAGAAAUCAUUUUGUAAGGGAAAAAAAUAUAAGGAGGAAAAAAUCUUUGAAGUCGAUAAUUUAUUAUUUGAUCUUAAUCAAUUACUUCAUAAAGCAAAUGUUAAAUUUAUUAAUUAUGAAAAUUAUUUUUUAAAACUUACAAGGUUAAUUAAAAAUGUUUUAAAAAAGUUUGAACCCAAGAAAAAUGUGGUAUUUGCUAUUGAUGGCAUUUGCCCAUUUUCUAAAUUAAAAUUACAAAUUAAAAGAAGAGCGAAAAGUAAAUUAAAAAAUAAAGAAAAUCAUCUUGUGAAUGAUAUAACAUGUGGUAGUAUAUUUAUUAAUAAAAUCUCAAAGUUUCUUGUAAAUUUUUUAAAGCAUUUAUUAUCUUUUGAAAAAUAUGAACAUGUGAAAUUUUUUAUUUCAACUGAUCAGGAAGUAGGAGAAGGGGAACUCAAGCUGAUGAACUGGAUAAGCAAUUAUGUAAAAAAUAAUAAAAUUAAUAAAAAUAUACAAAUGAAGACAAAUAAACAGAUGAAAGAAGAUCAAAGAUUAAACAAUAUUAUCGAAAUAAAAAAGGAAAAUAUUAUGAAUCAUGUACAGUAUGAACAAGAAAUCUUCAAUGAUAUAAAAAAUGAUAAUUUAAAAUAUAAGGGAAAGAAAAAAAUUAGGACAAAUAAUAAAAUAAAUAAUUCAACAAAUUAUAAUAUAACAAAUGUAGAAAAAGAAUCUUUUGUUAUAGUUGGUGCAGAUGCAGAUUUAUUGUUACAAUGUUUGUCUUUAAAAAAUGUUCAUAAUAUAUUUAUAUACACAUAUCAAAUAUUUAAUGUGGAAAUAAAUGAUAAUAAUAUGAAGAAGGAAAAUUAUCUUAUGAAAAAUAAAGUGAUCAAGGGGGAUCACAUUUUUAAAGAGGAUAAAAAUAAUGUCUGUAAAAUGAAUGGGACUUAUAUGAAAUAUGAAGAUGAUAUCGAUAAGGAUAAUAUACAAAAGGAUAUUACAAGGUGGAGUAAUCAUCAUAAUAAUAAUGAUAAUAUUAAUUAUAAGAAUAUUUGUCCGAGAGGUGAUAAAAAUCAUAUUGAAAAGAUCCUUUUAAAAACACAAUCCACAGAUGUACAGAACGUUAAAAAGAAAAAGAUUAAAGUUUUAUACAAUUUAAAAACAUUUAUUAAUUUAUUUUUAAACAAAUAUCCCAAGUGGUUUCAUAAAAUUAAAGCAGAUUUAUUAAUCCUGUUCAUAUUAAAAGGUAAUGAUUAUCUUCCUAAGAUUAAAGAAGGGAAUUUUGGUAUCUUUUUUGAAGCAUAUUUUAAAAUGCUUGAGAAUAUAAAAAACAUGAAUCAUUGUGAGGAAAAAAGAAAAACGGAUGAUUUCGAUUUCGAAAGAAAUAAAUAUGAUGAUGUAGGAGAAAGAGAAUAUAGUUGUAAUAAUACUUAUGAAGGUUUAUUAGAUGGUAAUAAUUACAAAAUAAAUAAAAAAGAAUUUUUAUUAUUUCUUAAUGAGGUACAAAAACUUGUACAUUUUACAAACAUUUAUAAUAAUAAUAAUAAUAAUAAUAAUAAUAAUAAUAAUAUUACACAUUACUAUAAUUCUAAUGACACCUGUUUUUUUCAAAAUAAUAAAAAAAUGUAUAUGAAGCAAACUAAUUCCUGUUCACCUUUAUUAUUAAUAAAUGAAUUAAUUAGUAAAAAAAUAUUAGACAAAGAUACAUUUACCAUUAAUGUUACCAAAAAUGAAAAUGACAUGUUUCAAUGUAACUUAAUUUAUUUUAAAAAUCAUAAAAAAUACGCUUAUUCAUCAAAAUCAAAAAGAAAAAAAAACGCUAUGCAUAUAACAUCUUAUGAUUUUUUAAAUGAACAUUUCCCACAUCUUAUGAAAUAUAUAGAUAAGGAAUACUUUGAAAAAAAAAAUAUAAAACAAUCGGAUAACAAUGUAGAAAUAUUAAAUAAUAACGAAUUAAAUAAUACAAAUCAAAUACAACAUAUUCAAAAAGGUGAUAAUAAUAAGUGUGAUGAUGUGCAUAUUUUAAAAAAUAACGUAAAAUGUUAUGAUGAAUAUUAUAAUAAUAUAGGGGGGAGUGAUAAUGUGCAGAAUAGUAUAUAUAUGGAGAAUUAUAUAAAAAAUUUUUAUUUACAACAUUGUCAGGAUGAAAAGGUAUAUAAAGAAGAAAUGGAUAUUGUUGAAAAUUAUAUAGAGGGAAUUCAUUGGCUAGUUGAAAUGUAUAAUAAAACGUAUUGUAUAAAUUUUAAUUUUUUUUAUAAAUACAUGACUAGUCCAUCUUUAUUAAGUUUAUAUUAUUAUUUAUUAAUAAAUAGAGAGGAUAUAUAUAAUAAUACGAGAAGUAUGGAUUACUCUAAUAAUUAUAAGAAUAAUUAUAUGGAGAUUAUUCAGAAAAUAAAUUUAAAUAUAUUUAGAAGUAAUCUGGAGUAUUAUGAUUUUAUUAAUUUUUGUGUAGAUAAAUAUAAUAGUUUAAAAAGGAAUAUCACAAACAUUGGUACAUGUGGAGAUAAGGAUACUUCAUAUAAUGAUGAAGAAAAAAUAAUGCAUGUUGAUGAUAAGAGAUAUGACAAAAGAUUUAUAUAUUUUAAAAAUAUAUAUAAUAUUUUAUUUUCUAAUAAUAUAAUUAUCAUACGAGAUAGUAUACAAAAAUUAAAUGAUGUAUUAAAAAGUCAGGUAUAUAAUAAAAGAAUGAUUAAUUAUUAUUGGAAUGUCUAUACAAAAAAGCCAUUAAAAAAAUUUUAUAAAAUCAUUUUUUUCAAAGCAGGCAAAAUGUUUGUUUCCAAAUUUUCUUUAUUUAAUUUACAUAUCGAACAAUUAAAAAAGAAAGAAAACAAUCAAAAUUAUUCACAAGAUACAAAUGAGGAACUAUGUCAUCAAAAGGGACAACGGAAUGAAGAAGAUAGCAUAUAUAAUAAAAUGGCCAUUCGAAAUAAUUUCUUGCAUUCUAUAUUUAAUAAUAAUAAAUGUAUUAAAACAAAUAGAAAAUUUACAACCAAUUCGUUAAGAUCAGUUGAUGAUAAAACUAAAGUUCUGAAAGGAGUUUUUAAGAGAAAAUCGGUUAGAUGGCAGUAUCACUAA